GCUGCCGCGACCCGCCGCCGCCCGGGCCGGCCGAAGAGCCAUGGCUGCCGCGCUGGGAGGAGGCGCAGAUGAUGACUUUGAUCAGUUUGAUAAGCCUGGUGCUGAAAGGUCUUGGAGAAGAAGAGCUGGAGAUGACGACUGGGACAGUGAACUUGAUGAUGACUUGCUUGGAGAGGAUUUGCUGACUGGAAAAAAGAAUCAGUCAGACUUGUCAGAUGAGGAGCUGAAUGAUGAUCUUCUGCAGAGUGACAAUGAAGAGGAACAAGAAUUUCGCUCUCCAGGUGUCACAGUGAGCCUCAAUGCCACACCUGGCAUCCUGACAUCCUACGAGUCCAUCAACGACCCCUCCCUGGAACACGAGGCUGAGUAUGACCAAGGGGAAGAUGAAAUUGGUUAUGACAAAUCUGAAGCACCUGAAGAAUAUGCCUCAGAGUAUGCAGAGGAAGGACAUUAUGAAGGCAAUGAUCCUGAGCUGACAGAAGACCAAAUAGAAUAUGGGGAAGAGCCUGGAGAAGAAGAUGAAGUGCUAGACCUUGAAAUCAAUGAACCCCUAGAUGAAUUUCCAGAUGAAGAUUACAUGCAAUCCUAUAAUGAGCGAGCAAUGGAAGAACAAGGAGAGUAUGCAGCUGAUGAGGAGUUGGAAGAAACCCAGACAAUGGCUAAUGAAUCAGAAGAGGCAGCUAUUGGGUCUCUGGAACUUCAAGAAGAAACAAAAGAAGAGUCUGAUGAGGAGGAGGAUGAUGAUGAAGAGUCCGGACGAUUACGUUUCAAAACCGAACGGAAAGAAGGAACCAUCAUCAGGCUCUCAGAUGUGACAAGAGAAAGGAGGAACAUUCCAGAAACUUUGGAGCUUUCUGCAGAAGCCCAGGCAGCCCUACGUGAGUUUGAAGAGAGGGAGAGGCAGCUCAAGCAGGGGCGGUACGGCUCCAGGAGAGGAGGGAGAAGAGGAGGCUCAGUCAUGUGCCAUGGAAUGGGAGACCAAAGGAGAGACAAUAAUGACAGGGGAAGAAUGAAGGAUCACAGGCCUGCACUGCUGCCAAACCAGCCAUCAAUGCAUCAGCAUCAUUCUUCUCCUCCUCCAGGGCUACAUAUGCCCCCUCAGAUAGAAACACCUCGAAUAAUGAUGACUCCCCCUCCAGUGACCCCCCAGCAGCCGAAGAACAUCCACAUCAAUCCGCAUUUCAAGGGGACCGUGGUGACGCCCGUACAAGUGCCCUUGCUGCCAGUUCCUGCCCAGCCAAGACCUGCUGUAGGACCCCAGAGAUUUCCUGGCCCUCCAGACUUCCAGCAGCAUACACCUGGACCAGUUCCUACCAACUUCUCCCAAGCCCCAAGGCUGCCAAUCCAGGACCAGUGGAGAGGGCCACCCCCACCACCUCCACCACUCCCUCCUCCACCUCCUCAGGACAGAGAUCCUUUCUUCUUAGCAGAUCCGAGGUUCCCGGGUCACCCCUUGUUUGAGCAGCGCAGUCCCCCGCCGCCACCGCCUCCCCCGCUUCUGAACAGCGCCCAUCCCGUUCCUACGCAGAGCCCGAUGCCCUUCAGCCCGCCCGGGCCCGCCUUCACGCAGCAGGGCCAGCAGCCGGUGUACCCCCGGGAGCGGCCGGUGCGGCCCGGCAUGCAGCCCCAGGGCCCCGUGGGGAUCCUGCACUUCAACCAGCCGGGCUCGGCCACGCCGCGGCCCUUCAUCCCCCCGCGGCAGCAGUUCCUGCAGGCGCCGGGACAGCCCUUCCUGGCCCCGCACACGCAGCCCAGCAUGCAGGGUCCCAUGCAUCCUCCAUUACAGCCUCAGCCACAACCUCAGCCUCAUCAGCAGCAUCACCAGCAGCAACAGCAGCACCAUCACCAGCAGCAGCAGCAUCACCAUCUCCAAGGGCCUCCACAGCCCUUGAUGCCCAUGAACCAGCCACAGUUCAGGCCUCACAUGCAAGCCACACAGCAGCAGCCAAAUAACAACAGGAUGCAGUGUCAGCCACGACAGGGUCCAAUGAAGCCAAGGCAUAGUACCCCAUCCCAGAAUAUUGUCAAGCGUUCCAGCCAGCAGCUGCAGGCAGCGGCUCCCAGGAACAGCAACCUGCGCGAGCUGCCCAUCGCCCCGGCCCACGCCCUGGACAUGGGCAGCACGCGCCGCAGCUCCGCCCCUGCUGCCCAGGUCAAGCCCAUCCCCAGCUCCCUGCCUGCCACCAAGCCUGCCUCUGCUGCUGCCAACUCCCAGGGGAGGCCUGAGAUGAAAGCUAAACCCAUCACCCCAGUGGGCCAGGCAAAGUCGGAAGGAAAAUGUGAACCGGAGUACCCAGACGAGGAUGAGGAAACUCGGUUGUACCGUUUGAAGAUAGAGGAGCAGAAGCGCCUGCGAGAGGAGAUCCUGAAGCAGAAGGAGCUGAGACGGCAGCAGCAGGCUGGGGCCAGGAAGAGAGAGCUGCUGGAGAGACUUGCCCAGCAGCAGCAGCAGCAGCAGCAGCAGCCUUGCUCCCAGCAGCCCUACCAGCAGCACGAGGAGGACUCCUCCGAGUUCCCCACCAACGGCAGCCCCUACAUCCCCCACUCCGGCCUGCAGACCCGGCACAACGUGAAGAGCAGACUCCUGGUUAGAAAACAAGACGCAGCAGUGGCCAACAUCCACCCCAAACCCACAGACUUCCCCCAGGGCGCAGGGGACGGCCCCUACCAAGGACAGCAGCUGAAGCCAGUGAAGCAGCUGAGGCAAACCAGAACGAUCCCUGCCAGUCAGCCUCAGGCAGCCCCCAAGGUGUUACCGAGCAAGGCGGCCACGGCGGCGGCGCUGCCCACGGCGCGCGCGGCCGCGGCGCCCGGCCGGCCCCAGGAGCAGAAGCCGGGCGUGAAAAGGACAGUGAUGCAGCGGACAAACAGUGCUAGUGAUGGGCCCCAUGGAGGCAGCAAAGUCAGGGUGAUUAAGUUGUCAGGAGGGCAGGGGGCAGAGGAUGCUGGCUUUUUUCACCCCGAGGGCCAACCCCAGCGGCCUCAGCAGCCCCCGGAGCCGAAACAGCCGCCAGUGCGGAAGGUCACAUUGACAAAGGGAAUGCAGCAGCACCAACAGCAGCAGCAGGCACAGAUCCAUUCACCAGCUCCUCAAGGAGUCAAAAACAUCCAGGGAAUCCAUCAAGCUAAAAAGGUCAUUAUGCACGGCAGAGGCAGAGGAGUAGCAGGCCAGAUGGGCCGAGGACGCCUGAUGCCAAAUAAACAGAACCUGCGAGUGGUGGAGUGCAAACCUCAGCCCUGUAUUGUGUCAGUUGAAGGGCUUUCUUCAUCAACUACUGAUGUCCAACUGAAAAACCUGCUGAUGUCAGUGGGACCCAUUCAGAGUUUACAGAUGCUUCCUCAGCAACGGAAAGCCAUAGCAAAGUUCAAGGAGCCAGCACAUGCUUUAGCAUUUCAACAGAAAUUCCACAGGCACAUGAUAGAUCUGUCCCACAUCAACGUGGCACUGAUUGUGGAGUGAUGUCUGCUGAGAGAAGCCCUGCACCAGCCUCAGUGUACUGUGGAGCUACAGACUCACAGAGGAAAAUCCAUCGGGUUGGAACCCUGUCAGCUCAGUCUGUGACUGCUCUGUUGAACUCCAGAAAGCACCAAGGUGACCUCCAGGAGAGGUGAAUUCGAGAGGAUCUGCAAAGGUGGAAUUUGUGUUCAGUUUCUUCACAUUCUGUUUUAACCACAUGGAAUUAUAGAGGGUUUUUUUUUCCCAAAAUGCUUUUGAUGCAUGUAGACAUUGUUCUUCAGGAUCCUACUGUGUGACCACAGUGACUUGAGAGAGAACGGUUACAGCGAACGAUUUGAAAAACUUUCAAAAGAAUAGCAAAGAAUAUUUGAUAAUGGUUGCUCUUAUCUUCAGUGCAAGGUAUUUGAAUGAAAACUCAUUUUUCUAAACAAAUUAGUUGCAUUGUAUACCUGAGAGCACAGAAGUUAUUCUUGCAUAGAUUUGAACAUGGUCUGCUUUGCUGAAUAGCAGUUUGCUGAGAAGCUUUGGAGGUGACACUGGAAAAUUGUAGUUUUGAUCUUUGUAAAUAAGUCUGUGCAUUUUCUAUUCCAACAUAGACUACCAUUUUCUCUUUCCAACUCCACUUAUUCUAUAAAACCCUGUGUAGGAGGAAUAACACUGCUGUAUUUUCCCUUGGUUUUUAAAAACAAGGAUUUACCCUUCAGUAGCGUCGUGGGGUAGUGAACUCUUGAGUUGUAAUUAGGUUGUUUUAAAUAACUUUGCCAGAUGCAAGGAAAAAGAAGUAUUUGGUGGGUCACUUCAAAAAUGUUAUGCAGGAAGAGUGGUGCAUUCCUGAUAGUUCUUCUGGCCUAGUGUUUCAUGGUUGCCUCAUGUUUUGUUUUGAUCAGGUUUUUUUCUUUGAGAUUUGUUUUGUCAUUAAUGCUGAACCAUAAGAAACCCAUCACUGAAGGGACUUGUUUUAAUGUGGUGUUCCUGAUAUAUAAAGGACUAUAAGGACAUUGUGGAUCUCCUGAUGAACUUGUCAGUUCCCAAAAAUGCCAUGAAAACAUUAAGAAGCUUAUAUUUUAUUCAAAGUAAAAUUCAUAAUAUAUCCUUUUGGUUAGAACCAUCCAGACGGGGUUGCCAAAGUAACAAUUUUUUCAGUUACUUCUGAAUAAACUUAUUCAAAUGUCAUCUUUAUAUUGGAUUCCAGUUUUUAUGAACAUUUCCUUAGUUUUAGACCACGAUGUUUUGCUUCAUGCUUUAUUUUAGGAAUACUCUUAAGCACUCCACCUACUUUUUGAAGGGGGGGACUUGCAGAAAUGUAGGUUUGUUACCAGAGUGACUGCAGAAGAACACUAUGGGUAUGAAAUAAAAGAUCUGCAAAUGGGGUCCAAAGUAGGCAUGCCAAGCUGGAAGGGAUGAGCUAAGCAAAUUUAUAGAACCUUUUUAAAAUAGUAUUUUUUUUUUAAUGAUUUAAUGGCACAGAUACCUAAUUGGCUUUCUUCCACUUUUGGUCUAGAUUUUCAAUUAAGUAAAAGUUACCAAAAAUAAUGAGGGAAUAAGUACUGAUAAAAGACUUCUAGGUAGACCUGCUCUCUGUUCAAUGAAAUAGAAUAACAUGGUGCUUAGGAAAUAUUCUUUAAGUCCAUUUAAAACUUAGUGACAAGACACAGUAACAGAAUGAGAAUCUUUUCAUGGAGGCAGGGUUUACAGCCACCUGUAUAAUUCAUGCAUAAUGUUUAAUGACAGCCCCAGUUGCUGUACAUGAAGUGCUGUUAGUGCUUCAGGGUAGAGCCAAGCCCAGGACAGAGCUGCAGGUAGGAAAUGCCCAGUGGGAGCAGCCCCAAAGGCUGCAGAGUGCUCAGCCCCAGGCUGUUUAACUCCUCACACCGUUAGCUCUGGGACCCCUGCACUGCCCCCUCAGGUUAUGUCACUUUUAUUGCUAAGAAAUACCUGGUGGUCUUUAAAAACAAGGCAUUGAACAGUUGCUCAUCCCCUGUUAGGGAGCAGCUUCUCUGCAGUGAGCAGGACAAGGAGACAUCUCAGAGUUACAGUAGUGCGUGCCUGGAAAUGUGGGAUAAAUGCAACUCCAGACAGGCCAGCAGCUGAGUUCAGCACUAGGAACAUCUGCAGUUGAUCAGCUGUCCUGUCAGAAGCAAACAUUAUUGGGGUUAGAGGGUUUCUUGGAGCCUAAGAAUAUGGGUUUGAUUCAAAAGUCAAAGAAGUUUGUAGAAACGCUCCUGCUUUGGGUUUUGAAUCCAUCCCAAAGAGCCUGAGGUUCAGCCAACUUAAGUUUUAAAAAUUUUUAUUCAGUUGGGUUUUUAAUUUUUUUUUUGAGACAAAUGUGUGGCUUUGGAAUAAAGGCAUGAAAUGGCCUCAUAUCUAUUUAAAUGAAGGAGUGACGUGAGCAAUGCCUGUUUAAUGAGUAGAUGCAUCCUCUCUAACAGCAGUUGCAGAAGAUUUAUGCUUGUGCAUAGACAGGGUAUGGGUGGAUUGCUGGGGAUUAAUUCAGCUGUUCCUGGGUACCUUCCUCCAUGUAAACCUACCUUAUGUAUGUAUGUCUAUAUUUGUUUUAUUAUACACAUACAUACAUACUCACACCCUGUGUUGUCACCAUUUCUCUCUAAUGUCCUAAAAAACUCAGUAGCAAAAGUAGCAGUUAGGUGAGGCAUUUUUUGAAAUGUUUGUGUUCUCUUACUUCUCAAAUCAUAACUUAAAAGUGGAUUUCUUGGCAUUGAUUGGUUUGGAUGAUACAGCUCCUUUAGAUCCAUCUGUUGUCUCCUCCCAAAAACACCCAAAGGAAGUAGAGGUAAAGCUAGACAGACGUGUUCUUGAUGUGUUCUCUUCCAGCACAGAGUUAAAUCUGAGCAUUUUAAGUUAACUUUCUUGGAAGAUCUGUUGCAACCAUUAUCUUGUUCUUUCUUUGUAGUGAAUUCACAAUACGAUGCAAAAUGGAAAAAAAAGAGAAGGCAUUUAAUGUAGUAUGUAAAUAUUGACCUUUUAAAAUUAAAAUGCUACUCAAAGUGCUUACAGUCAACCACAUCUUAGCUAUUUGUUAGUUUUUUGUGUUGUCUUAUCUAAAUUUAAAUGGAUAUGGUUCCAUAAAUGUUGAUGUGUUUUUGUGUAUAUCUUCAAAUUUUUAUAAAGAUGCUAGUAAGUCAAUACAUAUAUCCUGAUCUGUGUAUUAUUUGUUCAGUUUUUAUUAGCAUAAUUUUAUAAUUAUUUAAAUAGGCAACUCCAGUAGGUGGUUAUAUGAAGUCAGCUUUUUUUUUUUUUUUUGAAAUUAUUUCAUUUCCAUCUUGUACCACUGGAAAAUUCACUUUAUAGCUAUUCAUAUUUUGCCUUGACUAAAAUAUUGAAGUACCCAUAUGAUCUGUGGUAUUUUAGUUGAAUGUUCUACUUUUUUUUUUUUUUUUAAUUAAAAAAACCCUAAAACAGCUCUGUCCUUUAACUUCUGAGGGGAAACACUGUCAGACCAAGGCACGGGGUCUCUCUGGGUUUGUUCCAUUGUGCUGUUUGCAGGUACAAAUUUAGGUCUGUGGUGUAAUACUGUCCUCAAAAGUUGGGGCUGUUUUGGUUGCACAGUUUGGGUUUCACAUGUGGGGCAGGUUGGUGGCACAUUGGUGCAUCCCAGUGUUAUCAGUGCCGCCCCUUAUCAGUGCCACAACAGCCUGUGGUGUGGUGCUCAGGGUCCUUGCUGCAGGCAGGGGCACCAGGACAGCUCUGUAGCAUUUCCAGAGCCAGAGGGGCGCUGUCCUCAGCCCACACAUAUCCCCAGUGUGACUUUGGCAAGGAGGAGGGGAUCCAGGCACCCCCUCUGCAUGCUAUCCUUGGAUAUGUAUUUUAUUCCCCCCAUUUAAAUCUGAAGGUUUGCUUCAGGUUUCUGAUAUUUUGUAAAGUCCUUCUAGCCUUUAAAAUGCCAAGCAGACUGAGCAUUUUAAUUCACUAAUGUUAGGUUUCCUCUGCAAGGGCACAGAUGAGAGUGAAGCUGAAGGUUAUUUCAGAAUAACCUUGGAGGUCCUCAGAGUUGUUUUUUAUUUUUAACGUCAGCUACUGGGGAUAAAAAAAAAAAAAACCUUUUACUUGGUGCUAUAUUUUUUAUCUUUUUUUAAACAUAGUAUUUUUUAUCUGUGUAGGUUGAAAUGAUGCAGUUUCCCUGGAAGCUGCUGCAGGCACUUCCUGCACCCAUUAUCUGUGUGGCUGUAUGUGUGUGUGGGUGUGUCACCCUGGUACCUGGGCUGAGAGGGGGUGGGAGGCUCUGGGGGUUCUUUUGAGAGGUUUUUUUUUUGCUUUUUUUUCUAUUUUCUUUUUUCUUUUUUUUUUUGCUUUUUUUUUUUUUUUUUUUUUUUUUUUUUUUUUUUUUUUUUUUGUCUGCUUGGGAGAUACCCUGGAUUUGUCCUCUGGCAUAGUAUUAUUGUGCUUUCCUGUCCUUUGUGUAGUACUGUGUCUGUGAUUCGAGUCAAGGUACUUGAAGGUAGAAAUCUGUGUCACCUGUUCACUGUCAAAAAGGCAUUUUUUGUUCAGAGAGACAUAAACCUGUUUUUUUUUUAAUGCAUUUUUUUGUGCUUUUGGUUUUGUUUCUUUUUUUUAGCAUCAUGAUAGAUGAGAAAUUAAUUGUGAAGGACACAAAUCCUAAACACAUUGCAGAAAGUUAGCUGUGUUAUAAAGGUCAUUUAGGGUAACAUAGAGCUUUUGUUUCAAUGUUACCUUAAAUCAUGCCUUGUCCUCUAAUGAAAUCAUAACCAUAAUACUUGAAAGUAUUUUAUCUUAAAUUAGUAUCAAAUCCUAAGGAUUUUCUGUAAGGUUUUUUUGUAACCUGAUUUUUAAGCAUGGAGAUAACUUACUGUCCACAUGAGCACAGGGGCUUGUGUACAAAACCAGAUUCAUAUUGGAUCCUUGGGUAUGCCAACUUCUGGUACAAUAUGGUUGGGAAGGAUCAUUUUGUUCUUUAUAAUGCUGCUUUUGGCAGGGUUGGGUUUUUUAAUUUCAAACAAACCAACAAACUCCCUUUUCUAUUUCUCUACUUUGGUGGAAAGUGUGGUCCUUAUUGCACUAAAGAAAACCUCGAGGUGAAAGUUAAAUCUCACAGGGUCUUUUAGGUGCUUGUGUUGCUCUCUGCUUUCUUGGUUCACUGAUUUUUCUAACUAACUGGAAAUGGGCUUUAUAGAUACACUUUUUCAACAGGUUACACUGCUUUUAUUUUAUGUAACAGCACCUUGUGUUCAGUGGUUUUUACCAUCUAAACUUUAAAGAGUAUUGCAGAUUAAAAAUACUUUUGUAAAAGAACGUGUGUACAGCUAAAUGUAGCUGUAUUGCAAUGUUGUGUGUAGUCACAUGGAAGAUCACAGUUUCCAACACUGCUGUACUGAUGUUGUGUUUGUUCAGGAUUUUCUUUGUGUGCAUCUAAUGGAUUUUAAUAUGCAUGGUAUUUUUUUUCCUAGUGUCUGUCAGGCUGAGAUUGGAACCUUAGAGUUUUAUCUCUAUUUUGAGAAUAACAAAACCGUUUGUUUGCAGGUUUUCUUUUUCAGAUGAUGAAACUUCUUUCAGCAGUUUAACUUCUAAUUAAUAGACAUUUUUACUUACAGAUCCAGCAGAGACCAGAUGCUAACCCUUAUUUAUUCACAGCUGAUCUUCUGUACCAUUGCAUAUAAUUUUAUUUAUAAAGGAGCCCUUGGAUUAAGUCAAUAUUCUUUUUUCCUGUGGUACCCUUUGCCUCUCUGCUAUGCUUUUUCUCAUUUUCAUCUCAUUUGCUCCCAUUUUCCAUUUCCGUUUGUAUCCUUGUUAUGUUCCUGCCCUUUUCACUCCCUGUUCAUCUCUGCUUUUCUUCCUGAGUGCAUUGCAUUCAGUCUUUUGCUCUGUUUUCUGUUCUUCCAGCUCUUUUGAGGGUACUGAACCCAAGCUAUCCUGCCCUGAAAUCCACCCUACCACACUUUCCUUUGCAGACUCUGGUGCCUGAAGUUGAGGUUGCUUUGGUACAGGUGUCACCCCUUAGGCCGUGCUGCCCGUCCCAGAGCACUGGAGAAGCAUCACUUAACACUUUUGCUUUGCAGUUUUACCCAUGCUGGGGAAUGUAGACAUUUCCUUUACAUGCUUGAGCAUUUAGCCAGGCUAAACAGGAUUAACAACUGUUUUAUUCUUUUCACUUUUUCAGGAGCUCUGUUCUUGAAUUCAGUGAUAGUAAUAGCACUUUUUGUUUUUGCCACGUAGAAAUACCAACACUGUCGACACGAUUCUACCUCCUAUUACUAUUACUGAAUGUGAUCCUUCCUAACCUGUAAAGUCCUAAGCAGCGUGUACAUAAAUAUAUAUAGAUACAUAUUUAUCUGUAUCUGGGAGUUUUGAGAAUCAUUUCAAAUGUACUGCUCUAAUCUGGAUUGCAGAGUUUGUUUAUUAGCAGUUCAGGAUAUAAAUUCAGCAGCCGACUGUAUCAUACUGACUGCACUGGGAGUGCAUCUGCCUCAUGUUUCCUACAGCAUCAUCUGCACCAGGUGUGCACUGCUGGUUGCUUGAGUGUAAAACUGGACUAUACCAAAUCCUCCACGUGCAUAAGAGAUCUUUGUCUUACCUAUUUGGGUGAAUGUAAAAAUGGAAACACAAAGAUGAUCUCCUGUACAAGUUUUUUUUUACAUGUAUUUCAAUGUUUUGAAAUGUGAACAUGUAAACAUAUUUAUUGUACCUAAAAUAUGUCAAUAAAACCUGAUAUUUAUAA